UCAGUGCAGUGGAGGAGCGCUCGUGCCAGUGUCUCUCGGGUAAUGUCUGAUGCGCUGACGGGGCGGAUUGUCAUGUCAACAGAAGGAAUCCCGUGUUGUGCUGGUCGGUGAACGCCUCCUCUGUUUGUGGUGCUGUUUGCUGCUUUAGUUAGGCUCUUAGAGCCGAUUUUAACCCGUUUUAGUCCGCUUCCUUGUCGGUUUGGUCCGCUCGGACUCUCCCGGGACAAUGACACCGGUGUCUAGAAACUCUGUGCUGGAAUAGAGACGCAUGUGCGGCAGAGAGCGUGCGCCUCAGACACCGGUGGAGCCUGGAAAGUCUAAAGGUUUAUUUAUUUUUAUUUUAACCAAAAUCACGGACGCCAGAAUCAUGUUUGAACCCUCCGGAGUCCCUCUCAUCCUUCUCGACGUUACCUGCCUCAUUCUUGUUGGACUUCCCUUUUUCAUCCUAACUCCUCAGCAUAACCCCUUCAAACGGGGUUUCUUCUGCAACGAUGAGUCCAUCAGAUACCCACUGAAGGACGACACCAUAUCCUACCAGCUGCUGGGAGGAGUCAUGAUCCCUUUCUGUCUCAUAGUUCUCCUUUGCGGAGAGUUUCUUUCAGUUUACCUGUCUCGUAUCAAGACCCAGCCUUUGGGUAAGAAGUACCUGUGGUGCCUGUACAAAGCAGUGGGGAGCUACGUUUUCGGAGCCGCUGCCAGCCAGUCUCUGACUGAUAUCGCCAAAUAUUCCAUCGGCCGUCUCAGGCCGCACUUCCUGGCCGUAUGCAAACCAGUCUGGGAGCGGAUCAACUGCAAAACGGGAGGUUACAUCGAGAACGUCACCUGUACUGGAGACAGGUUUGAUGUGGAAGAGGCCAGAUUGUCCUUCUUCUCUGGUCACUCAUCCUUUUCCAUGUAUUGUAUGUUGUUCCUUGCUCUGUACAUUCAAGCCAGAAUGAAGUCCAAAUGGGCGCGGCUCCUGCGGCCCACCUUCCAGUUCUUCCUGAUUGCCACUGCUGUGUAUGUGGGUCUGACCCGGGUCUCUGACUACAGACAUCACUGGAGUGAUGUGCUCACCGGCCUCCUGCAGGGGGGUCUGAUGGCGUUUUUCACCGUGUCCUGCGUCUCAAAUUUCUUUGCACAGCCGCUGGAACCAGUUGUCUCACAGGCCGAAGAGGCUUCACACAGUUUACAGGAAAGCCCUCCCGCUGGUAACCACUACGGCAGCACGGACUGAAAUCGCAGCUUUUCGGACCGCGCUCUUUCCCAGAAGAUUGUCGCCGUGGGUCUUAGUCACAUAAAACAAACAGCAGAUCUCUGACAAUAGCUUCUGAACCCGCUUCGCCUGCAUGGAGCCAACGGUGCUACCUGGUGUAGCUGUGGAACUGAUUAGACUCACAAAGUGCCCUACAGAAAACUGUGCUAGCACACACUAGUCUCACAUCGCCUUCUUGGAUGAAUGUAAUUCAUAAAACCAAGAAUAUAAUGAGCACUGAAAGCAGGCUUGUAGAAAACCUGUGACAAUUUCCCUCUGGGAUUAAUAAAGUAUUUUUGAAUUG